CUCCUGCUCAACAUGGCCACGCUGCGCAGGCUGCAAGAGGCGCCACGGCAUUUACUGGUCUGUGAGAAAUCCAACUUCGGCCACGAUAAGUCUCGCCAUAAGCAUCUCGUGGAGACGCACUAUCAUAAUUACAGGGUUUCAUUUCUUAUUCCUGAAUGUGGGCUGCUAUCAAAAGAGCUAAAAGGCCUGGUCAUGGACAUUGGACCCUAUUACUCUGUGAAGAACUUACCUCUUCAUGAAUUAAUUACAUAUGAAUUCAUCAACACCUUUGUAAAGAAAGGUUCAUUCUCUGCAUUAACUUACAAUACAAGGAUUGACGAGGAUAAUACUGUUGCUCUCCUACCAAAUGGGAAACUAAUUUUAUCACUGGAUAAGGAUACUUAUGAAGAAACUGGACUUCAAGGUCAUCCAUCUCGGUAUUCUGGCAGAAAAAGUAUGAAGUUUAUCAUCUCCAUUGAUCUAAUGGAUUUAUCCCUUGACCUGGAUUCUAAGAAGUAUAGAAGAAUAUCUUGGUCCUUCAAGGAAAAGAAGCCUUUGCAGUUUGAUUUUCUUUUGGCUUGGCAUCCUACAGGUACACAAGAAUCAACAAUGAUGUCGUACUUUUCCAAAUACCAAAUUCAGGAGCAUCAGCCAAAAGUGUCAUUGAGCACAGUGAGAGAGCUUCAGUGCCCAGUGCUGCAGAGCAGCAGGCUUGCAGGAGAGCCAGAGGAGGCCUGCAGUGUCCAGGAGUUCUUGGACUGGCUUGGUGCUGCCUUCUGCAAUGCGGACCUAAAUAACGAGUCUUAUAAUUUCAUAUCAACCUACCACUGCCCCCAGCCAAGCACAGUGGUAGCCCAAGCCUGUCUGUGUACAGUGACAGGCUUCAUAUUGCCAGAGAAGAUACUUGUCCUUCUGGAACAGCUGUGUCACUACUUUGAUGAACCAAAGUUGGCUCCGUGGGUUUCCUUGAUAGUUCAAGGCUUUGCAGACAGUCCUGUUGCAUGGAGAGAGAAGGAACAUGGCUUCCAUAAAGGAGGAGAACACUUGUACAAUUUUGUGGUUUUCAAUAAUCGGGACUAUUGGCUUCAGAUGGCUGUCGGGACAAAUGAUGACUGUCCACCAUAAAAAAUGCAAAGUUUAAAGCCA